GAAAUAACAUUUGAGGUGGGGCGGACUCUGUCGUAGUGAGGAGGGGAGGGGGAGUUUCGCUUUGAAUAUGCAAAGACACCAGCCGCCCCUGACGCUCUUCAUGCGCACGUUUGAGUAGUUUACAAUUAUUUGUAUCCAUCAGCGUCUCAAAACAAAGUAACUUCCACGAGCCGAAUGUUUUUAUCGUAGGGUUACUGAGACACAGAAUUCAGCGCGUGACGUGAUUCAGAGCCGCUGCGUGAAUCUACACAGACAGAGACGCUGUAUUGUGACAUCGCGCGUAAAACCAGUGGAUUUCUGACUGCCAGUACAAGGUAGCACCGCCAGACCACCCUGACCGAACAGUUUCUCUCAUAAAUACAUAAAUGCUUCAAGUCCAGAUCAAAGCGUUGACUGACCCAAGACGCAGGUCAAUAGGCAGGUAUCCAUGAGGACCAUCUGAGAAAACAGGACAGAGAUGGAAGCAGUGAAUUGUGACGGUAUACCUUACACACUAUGGGUGUGGCAGAUCUCGGUGUAGAGAAUAAACCCUUGUGUUCCUGUGCAACUGUUCAAUCGCGCCCCAUUGUGUUUUGCCAUUCAACAAUGGGGCACAUCCUGGAUUUACCUUCGUCCGGUGCAACUCGACGCUUGCGAAGGAUGUUUCUGUUCGGUCCGCUGAUGUUCCUGGCUUUCUUCGCGAUGGGCACGUGCAUCCACAUGGACUCUGUUGGCAGUCACAGCAUGUUCACCUGUGAGUCUAUCGGCCUUCGGAUGUGCCAAGAUCUACCCUACAAUACCACCUUCAUGCCGAACCUCCUGAACCAUUAUGACCAGCAGACGGCAGCUCUGGCCAUGGAGCCCUUCCACCCCAUGGUGAACCUGCAGUGCUCUCCAGACCUCAGGUCCUUUCUGUGCGCCCUUUACGCCCCUGUGUGUAUGGAGUACGGCCGAGUGUCUCUUCCUUGCCGUAGCCUCUGCAUCCGGGCCAAGAGAGACUGUCAGAAACUCAUGGAUAUGUUUGAUGUCACCUGGCCGGAGGAAACGGAGUGCAGCAGGUUUCCAGAUUGUGACGAGUCUUACCCUCGUGCCGAAGAUCUGCUCAUAAAUGAGGAUACCACCGAUCAGUCGCCCAUCUCCGUUCAGCGUGACUAUGGUUUCUGGUGUCCCCGCGAACUGAAAGUCGAACCCGACCUCAGCUACAAAUUCUUAGGCGUGCGCGACUGCUCCCCUCCCUGCCCCAACAUGUACUUCCGGCGCGAGGAGCUCACCUUCGCCCGAUACUUCAUCGGCGUCGUCUCCAUCGUCUGCCUUUCCGCCACGCUCUUCACCUUCCUCACCUUCCUCAUCGACGUCACGCGUUUCCGCUACCCGGAACGGCCCAUCAUCUUUUACGCCGUCUGCUACAUGAUGGUGUCGCUGGUCUUCUUCCUUGGCUUCUUGCUCGAGGACCGUGUGGCGUGUAACCCGGCCAAUGCCGCUCAGUACAAAACCUCCACCGUGACCCAAGGCUCGCAUAACAAGGCUUGUACGCUUCUCUUCAUGGUCCUCUACUUCUUUACCAUGGCGGGCAGCGUGUGGUGGGUCAUCUUGACCAUCACCUGGUUCCUGGCAGCUGUGCCCAAAUGGGGCAGCGAAGCGAUCGAGAAGAAAGCCUUGCUCUUCCACGCCAGCGCGUGGGGAAUACCAGGCAUGCUAACUAUAACUCUGCUAGCUAUGAAUAAAAUCGAAGGCGAUAACAUAAGUGGCGUGUGUUUUGUGGGAUUGUACGACGUUCACAUUCUUCGCUGGUUUGUGCUGGCGCCGUUAUGUCUGGAUGUUCUGGUGGGAGUUUCGCUGCUGCUGGUCGGGAUCGUAGCGCUAAACCGGGUCCGAAUGGAGAUCCCGCUGGAGAAGGAGAAUCAGGACAAGUUGGUGAAAUUCAUGAUUCGGAUUGGUGUUUUCUCAGUGCUGUAUCUGGUGCCCUUGAUGACCGUCGUGGGGUGUUACCUGUACGAACAGACCUAUCGCUCCGUUUGGGAAGUUACCUGGGUACAGGAGCGCUGUCGAGAAUAUCACAUCCCCUGUCCUUUUCAGGUGGAACAAACCAGUAGGCCCAACCUCGUCCUCUUUCUGAUGAAAUACGUUAUGCUGCUUGUGGUCGGCAUCCCGUCGGUGUUCUGGGUGGGCAGCAAGAAGACCUGUUUCGAAUGGGCAGGCUUCUUCCAUGGCCGUAGACGUAAAGAAAGCGGUGCGGUGAACGAGAGCCGCCAGGUCCUUCAAGAGCCCGACAUCGCCCAAUCUCUACUGCGUGACCCCAACACGCCCAUCAUCAGAAAAUCCCGCGGUACCUCCACCCAGGGCACGUCCACUCACGCCUCUUCGACUCAUCUGGCCACGCUGGAUGACGUGCGGAGUAAAGCGAGCAGCGUCCACAGCAAGAUGAGCAGCUAUCACGGCAGCCUGCACCGCUCCAGAGACGGCAGGUAUACCCCCUCCAGCCACAGAGAAAUGGAGGAACGCCCGGUUUACGGUAGCGUGCCGCGACUCAACGAGCAGCUGUCCCGUCACGAAAGCCUCCACCGACUCCACGGAAGCAUGCGGGACUUGAGCAACGCUCCACCCACUAACAUCAUCACGCAUGGAUCCAGUAUGAACCGUGUGGAGGAGGAUGGUGCUAGCGCUUAACUACGAGAAGCAAAUACUGUAUGAUAGUUUGGCUGCCAUCUUAUGCGAUGGAUCACAACUUCCAAGAGAUUGGGAAGCACGGCAGAUUUGGCGAGCAUAUCUUGAUGCAUGUUUGUUGACAGGAUUUGGUGCAUUAGUGUCAGACUCUGUUGUCGAGUAACUGGAUAUGUUUGCUUUGGUACUGUGAAGUUCAGAGAGACUGAUGGGUGUUGAAGUUUACUGCAUGUAAGGUGAUACCACUUCGCCUCCAGCCGUGUGAUAAACCGGGACGGUCGGCAGCUCCGCAGGCACUCGACGUGUAAAGACUGAUGAUGGUCCUAGUAAAUAUCAGGUUUCAUUGAAUGUCAUGAUGGGUAAUCGAGUCUUAGCAGCCUGUGGCUAGCUGUGUGAUGGUUUGAAUAAAGACGGACCAAAAGAGGUGUGGCUCUUAAAAACAAGGUACAUGAUUCCUCAUAGACACCUGAUGUGCUUUGUUCAGCCUUUCGAUGGCUGCUUACCUCAUCAGAUCAUCGGGUAUAUACUGUACAUGCAUUUCCACACACUGUAUUAUGAACAUGCAUUGACUGCUUGUAAAUGGUGCUUUUGUCGGAUGUCAUUACACAGAUUGCUUUUGGCUAAAGCCGUUUAAAAGUCUUAAAGUUUGAAAUGCACAAAAUCUGCCUCGACGCUUAAGGCAUCACGAAUUACGAGCGAGGCAAAUUAACUAUUGAAUUCUUUUUCGUUCUGGUGCCUUGAAUGCAACAUUUACAUAAUGGUUUAAUGAACUGUUUACACCAGGGGUGUCAAACAUACG